CGACGACUGGACACCGGCGCUCUCCGUACAAGCCAUUUGCCUUUCAGUACUUUCAAUGCUUUCGUCCUGUAAGGAGAAGAAACGACCGCCGGACAAUGCUGUCUAUGUACGUACAUGCGGCAAGAGCCCUCACAGUACACGCUGGUGGUUUCAUGGUAAGUUAUUGCUACGUUAUUGUUCUUGACA